AUUACAGAAAGCAACACAAAAACAAAUCAAAAUGGUUCUUAAAGGCCUAAUUCUGAUAAGUAUGCUCGGCGUAUGCUAUGCGGCCAAGCACGCUUAUUCCUCCCAAAGCAUCGUUCUUUACAAUGAUCACAAACAAGAGAAACACGUCGAAGCUGCAGUUGAAAAGGUUGUGAUUCCUGUAGCCACUAUUGUAAAGCCUGUAGCUAAAGUAGUUCCUAACCCACACUACGUGGUAAAGGAAGAACCGCAACACAAGGGACACGCCUACUCCUCCCAAAACAUUCAACGCCACGACGUCCCCGCCAAACCUCCUGCGGACUGGAAUCCUGAGGGUGGUCACGCCAAGUACGAGUUCGAUUACAAAAUCGAAGACCCUCACACGGGUGACAAGAAGUUCCAGCACGAGGCUCGUGACGGCCACGUUGUGAAGGGAGUCUACAGCCUGCAUGAAGCUGACGGUUCCAUCCGCACUGUGAAGUACGCUGCUGAUAAAAAAACCGGAUUCACUGCUGACGUGAAACACGCUACCAAGCACAUCGAAGAAAAUAAAUACCACCAUUAAUUACACGAAAAUAACUACCGAUUAUAAUAUAUUUCGUUACAUGAAAGGAACAUUG